UUGGGCACUAGCGGGAGAGUCCGGAGGAUUAGUUCCUCCAAAGGAUGCGAACCCGUUACGCCCCAAGCAGAUGAUGGCGAUACGAGAGCUGAAAGUGUGUCUGCUUGGAGAUACUGGAGUUGGCAAAUCAAGUAUAGUUUGUCGAUUUGUUCAGGAUCAUUUUGACCACAAUAUUAGCCCCACUAUUGGUGCUUCUUUCAUGACUAAAACUGUGGCUUCUGGGAAUGAACUUCAUAAAUUUCUGAUCUGGGAUACAGCAGGGCAAGAGCGGUUUCACUCGUUGGCACCAAUGUACUACCGUGGCUCAGCAGCAGCUGUUAUAGUAUAUGAUAUCACCAAACAGGAUUCGUUUCAUACAUUGAAGAAAUGGGUAAAAGAACUAAAAGAACAUGGUCCUGAAAACAUUGUAAUGGCUAUCGCUGGAAACAAAUGUGAUCUUUUUGAUAUUAGGGAAGUACCUAUGAAAGACGCCAAAGAAUAUGCAGAGUCUAUAGGUGCAAUUGUUGUUGAGACCAGUGCCAAAAAUGCAAUUAAUAUUGAAGAACUCUUUCAAGGAAUCAGUCGACAAAUUCCACCAUUGGAAACUCAUGAAAAUGGCAACAGUGGAACAAUCAAACUUGGAAAGCAGACUGCACAGACGACUAGGCGAUGCUGUUAAACCAACCUGAGCUCAUUUGUUUUACUUGAAAAUAAAAUGACAUCAUUUGCUUAUUCAUCGAGCUAUAGACUUCAGAAACUCAGUGAUUGAGCAUCUUGUCUAAGAGCAAUAAUAUCAAUGCUAUCAGAGGGAACAAUAAGAAAAAGACCUCCUUCAAAUUGGUUUGCAGAAUUAAAACGGACAAUUCACUUUAGCUGCAAACUCCUUAAAACAUUAAUGGACUCAGAUUAAUGGAAUACUCUGUUUAAAGUAAACCAGUAGCUAUUUUAAAUAGGCACUUCGUCAAGAAAAUGCUACAUUUUAUACAAAACCCUUUUUUCCUUCUGUUUACAAUACAAAGUUUUAUAUUCUAAUUUGACCUUUAUAGAACGACAGUACAUAGUAUUUUAACUAAGUGAAGGAUAUGUGUUAUU